UUCUAGAGAUAGGCAAAAGAGAAGGUUGAGGAAAAAAGGGCAUAAAAUCUAGGUAUAUAUUUACAUAAUCUGAUCCAGCGAUGCGAUAAUUACAGGGGGAGCAAACACCUUAAAAAUGGGUGUUGGAGAUCUCAGAAGUUGCUGUGUUUUCCUGAAAGUUUUGCAGUAAGAGAAAGAUUGGGAUUCGCUAACUAAAUUAAGCUCUGCAGCAGAUCAUAUCUUUCAAUUCUCACACACUUAUCACAAGAAAAAGAAGAAGACUUAUGGGUAGCAGUUAUUUUGGAGAGCCAAACUUGGGAAAUGAAAGAGGUGGACCUUCAAGGAAAGGCAAGAAGAGUAACUCAGACAAGCCUAAGCAACCCCAGAGAGGCCUUGGAGUUGCUCAAUUAGAGAAGAUCAGAUUACAUGGCCAACUGGGUACUAGCUACCAUCCUUCUCUUCAUGGCCCCUACCCCUCUAAUUUCAACCAGGAUGAUAUGAGAAUGCAGACAGUUUAUUCAUCAUCAUCUUCUUUCUCUUAUUCUUCUUCAUCUGCAGCUUCCUCAGCUUCCUAUGGUUUACAACCUAACAUCAUGAUGGGGCUAGGUGAUCAUUAUGAAAGAACAAACAUAACAUAUGGUGAUUCCCAACCAUCCACAGGAGCAAGUUGGAACUCCGGGAAUAGUUUCUUGGAGGCUCAAACUUUUUCACAGGCAGGCUCAACUAGACACCUUUUAAAUCUACAAGUUGAGGACACACAGCCAAAGAAGAGCAAGAAACAUAGGAGUGACUCGAUUGGCUCAACCAGCCAAAACUCUGAAUCAAGUGACAAUCAAGAACCAGAUUUGGAGCUCAGACUGUCCCUUUAAUCAGUCAUUAUCUUCCAAUCGAAUGCGCAGGUGUUCACACAAAUGCUUUUACGUACAAUGGGAAGUUCAUGAUUAUGAGCAGGUAAUGGAUUGAAGUAAUUUCAUUUGUAAGGGAUAUUGUGUAAUGAAAGAUAGGUUAACUUUAUGCAUAAACAAGUGAAAUUUUCUUCUUGUUCAUGAACUAUGAAAGAAAUGUGAAAGUGAUAGCUCUUAUAGUUUCUUGCCCUUUUCAUUUAGAUGCUUGCUAUCAGACAGCAUCUAACAUAUUAGUAACACGCUAAAGCUUUCUUGAAUGAAUCAAAUCUGAUUUACUGGAUUGAGGAA